UUAAAACGUAACGGACAUUGUUGCCAAGACAACCCAAACAAUGAGCGUGAACUUUAUGUAACUAAACGCUAGACCAAGAAGUUUCAGGUUUUACUGUAUAAGUUUAUUCUAUUCCUCUAUUGUAAACGACAAUGAUUCCUCCAGCUGACACGCUGCUGAAAUACGACAAUCCAGUUCUGGUCAACAAAAGCACAGACAGAAAAUCACCAAAGGGACGCCCUUUGAAAGUAAGCCCUCAGCAGCCCAUUGACUCUACACCUGUUCCACCACCUCCUAAACCAAAAUCAGCAUCUACUGAGGCUACUAAGCAGGAAAAUGAGGAGCUCCUCAAUUCAAUCCUCCCACCCAGGGAGUGGAUGGAGGGAAACCAACUGUGGGUGCAGAAAGUAUCCAGUACACCUUGUACGAGAGCAGAUGUGUUGCACCUAGAAGAACUCCUAAACACAAAACUGCAGCAAAGACAGGCCAAAGAAACAGGAAUCUGCCCUGUCCGCAGGGAGCUCUAUUCCCAGUGUUUUGAUGAAUUACUCAGACAGGUAACCAUCAACUGCGCUGAGAGGGGUAUGCUAUUGUGGCUGGUCAGAGAUGAGAUUCAGAUGACCAUUGCUGCCUACCAGACCGUGUAUGAAAGCAGCAUAGCUUACGGCAUGAGAAAGGCACUGCAGGCUAAGAAGGGCGAAGCUGAUAUGAAAAACAGAAUUUUGGAGCUAGAGAACGAGAAACAAGAACUGAAGAAGGCGCUGAAUGAAGAGAAGGCUAAAUGUGAAACAGUUGAGAAGAUAGAAGCUGAAAAGCGACAGCUAGAGGAAAAGAGGCACGAUGACGAGAUCCAGUUCCUAAAGAGAACCAACCAACAGCUUAAGGCUCAACUGGAAGAGAUAAUUGCACCAAAGAAGUAAAAAAAACAAAAACAAACAAACACUUAGCUGGCAUUUCUCUGUACAAGAUUGUGUUCACUUGUAAUUCAUCUUAUUGCUUAAUGAUACAUUAAAGUAAAAACUUAGUGUAA